GCCAACCAUUCCCGACUUCUUCUUGGCGGACAUUCGCGGCUGCGUGAUAUUGGCCUGAUCAGUUGAGCGAUCAGUCGACGACGAAGGCUUGCAGUGAACGCGACGUGAAGUGCUGAACUCCAAACUCCAAACUCCAAGCUCCGAGCUCCAAACACUCCUUAGAACCACCUCGAACGCGCGUCCCCGAAACGCUGAGAACCCGAUUCGUACUCCCCGACCGUCGCCAGUGGCAAUCAGAUAGUGCUCCGCGCUCCCAGCAAUCCAGCCACCCGAAGAAAAGAUGGCCAAAAUCGUACUCUUCUGCCUGCUGAGCCUCCUGGCAUGCGCUGCAGGUCAACGCAUCACGACGAUCCACUUAGAUGGAGUGCAGUACUUCAUCAGCCGAAUGAACCCCUACUCCCCGGAGCUCAACUACUUCCUGGCCUAUCAGUACUGCCGUUCGUUGGGCCUCCAACUGGCCUCCUUCGAGACGAAGGAGAAGGCCGAGUCGAUGACCACGUACUUGAAGAACGCCGGUUACGGCAACUACGAUUUCUGGACCUCCGGCAAUCGCCUGGGCACGGGCAUGUUCCUAUGGAUGAGCACUGGCUUGCCUUUCAACGCCACGUUCGACUUCUUCGAGAACUCGGCGGACGCCAUCCAGGCCGGUCUGCUCGAUCCCGUCGAUCACAAUAGCAACACCUCUCCCCAGCGCACCGCCCGCGACAGCAGUGGCGCCGAGAAGGGCUGCGUUAUCCUGAAGCAGCCCACGCUCAAGUGGAUGCCCGAGGACUGCUCCGCCGUGAAGGACUUCAUCUGCGAGCAGACCCGCUGCUACUACUACAACUACGGCAGCAUCCCCGUCUCGUCGGCGCAGGGACGUCCCAUCACCUCGACCACCCCCAGGACUCCAGCCUCCCUCAUGAACCUGCAUGUGGCCGCCACCACCACCCCGCUGCCCCUGCUGAUGUCCACCAGCGGAGCCAUGUACAACGCCGCCAAGGCCAAGUCCUCGCCAGCUGUGGGCCAUCGACUGAUCGACGAUGCCAGCUCCUCGCAGCAGCAGCCCUCCUUCAUGUCCUUCAAGCUGAACCAUGACCGCUCCCUGCCCGAUACGGAUUCCGCCGAUGUGGAUGUGGAGGACCAGGAGCACGACGACCACGAGGUUGAGGAGGAGGGCGAGGAGGAGCACGAGGAGCAUGAGAAUUUCGAGGAACACGCCCGUGAGCUGGGCAACGAUGGGGACAUCAAGGAGCACGUGUUUCCCCUGACCGACAACGAACUGCAUCCCGAGAUGCACUCCAUUGAAGAGGUGCAGCAGCAGUUGCAGCAUCAGGAUCAGGACCAGGCUGAGGACUCGGAGACGGACUCUGCACCAGCUCCUGCGGCGGCUGAGGAAAACGAGAGCUCGCAGCACGACUCGGAUACGGAUGGGGAGCACGAGCUGGAGGCUGAGGGCGAAACCGAGCCGGAGAACGAAUCCCCGGUUGCUCCCGUUCAGGAGAGCGUGCCCCUGAUCCUCCCCAGCUCCACGGAGUCCCCGGCUGCCGCCAUCGAGGAGCGCAUCAAGCAGAUCGCACAGGACUUCCAGAAGAUGGCCAGCUCCCAGGAGCUGCAGCCCAAGGAGGAGCUUACGCCCCAGUCCUCCCUCUCCCUCAACGAUCUGAUACGCACCCUGCGGCCCAACGAGCAGCAGAUCAUCCCGCAGAUCGACUCGGACUACUCCAAUGCCAUGCGGGUCCUGGGCAAGCCGCUGGGGGCCAACAACUAGGCAGUCCCCAAAUAACUUAAGUUGUGUGUGUGUUUUGGGUCGGGGCUUCUCAUCUAUCCAGGUUAUCCCGGUUCCACUGAGGAACGUCCAUUUUCGAGAGCCGGCCGGACAUGUCCGAAAAUGACGCUUCUCUCUGAGGACCCCGAGGCCAACAGAUGACCCCUCUGAAAUCGACGAUCCAGCAAGAGAUUAAAGGAGCUAAGACAUUAAUCUAUAUUUAAAUAUAAAUAUAUGUAUUGUAUGCUUUAAUUGUAUGACAACCACCACAAAAAGGAAACUCUUGAUUAAUAAACGUAAUAAGUAAACAA